AUGAGCAACAGACGCAAGAAAACCGAUCGUGCCAAUCACGAAACGCUCCUGCCGCUGGCUGACGAUGAGGAGAAGCAUGAAAAAAGUGACCUGCGUGGCGACUGGGGCAACAUUGCCAUACUGUUCUUUCUCUAUCUGCUGCAAGGCAUUCCGAUCGGAUUGGCCUCGGCCAUACCGAUGCUGCUGCAGAAUCGUGGUGCAAGCUACAAACAGCAGGCCGAAUUCAGCUUCGCUCACUGGCCCUUCAGCUUAAAGCUACUAUGGGCACCGAUAGUGGAUUCACUGUUCUGGAAACGUUUUGGACGACGAAAAUCGUGGCUCAUCCCAACACAGUAUCUGAUCGGCAUAUUUAUGCUGAUUCUGUCGCUGCACGUGAAUCGUUGGCUGGGAGCAGAACGCAGCACCACAACCGAAUUCAAAGACCAUUCCAGCGUUGAGAGCGGCAGCACACUCAACAUUCCGCUACUGAGCUUUAUCUUCUUUAUGUUAAACUUUCUGGCCGCUACCCAAGACAUUGCGGUAGAUGGAUGGGCCCUGACGAUGCUGAAACGUUGCAAUGUCGGACAUGCUUCGACCUGCAACAGCGUGGGCCAAACGGCGGGAUAUUUCCUCGGAUACGUUGCCUUCAUGGCACUGGAAUCGGCAGAAUUUUGCAACAGCUAUUUACGCUCCGAACCCGCACCCGAGGGUUUGGUGAAUCUGUCCGGAUACCUAUGGUUCUGGGGGUUGGUGUUUCUCGUCACAACUACACUGGUGGCGUUCGGGAAACGUGAACUCGCGCCCAGCAUCGAUCGUGGUCACGAGGAACACUUGGAGCUGGACAUUAAGCAAACCUACCGUCUGCUGGUGGAUAUAAUGAAAAUGAAACCUAUCCUAACGCUGGUAGCGGUACUGCUAACGGCCAAGGCAGGUUAUGCCGCGUGCGAUGCAGUUACCUCGCUUAAACUGAUCGACGCAGGUGUUCCGAAGGAUAAACUGGCACUGCUCGUAGUUCCGCUUGUGCCGCUACAGAUCGUUUUACCGCUAGCGAUCAGCAAAUACACGGCUGGCACGCGACCAAUGGAAGUAUAUCUGAAAGCGAUCCCGUACCGGAUAGCACUCACACUAACGGCGGCCGGUAUCGUAUGGAUCACACCGGCCAUCAUACAAAAUCACCACGUACCGUACUAUUACUACAUACUACUGCUGACAAACUACGGGCUGUAUCAGAUCGCACUGUACAGCAUGUUUGUGGCCGUGAUGGCAUUUUUCGCACGCAUCAGCGAUCCUGCCGUUGGUGGCACCUACAUGACACUGCUGAACACACUCAGCAAUCUCGGAGGCAAUUGGCCAACAACCGUUGUGCUGUGGUUAGUGGACUAUGUCACGUGGAGACGGUGCUCGAACGCAGCCGGUAAUGACUGUUCCGAUGCAGCUUUAAAAGAGACUUGCACCGCCGGUGGUGGUCAGUGUACGAUCACGAUCGAUGGGUAUUAUAUAGAGAUAUUUAUUUGCCUCUUGUAUGGGCUCCUCUGGUAUCGGUGGGGCAGUGGCAAAAUACGUCAACUACAGGAACUACCGCUCAAAGCGUGGCGCGUAGCGCGCAAAGUUCACCACCGUACGCAUAGCAGCUAGCAAUUAAUGCAACUAAUAUGACAAUUCCAUUUAUUCGGUGCUUUAAGCCAGCAGGGUAAGGCGAACUGAUGAAAAACA